AUGGCUGGUUCGCUGGCGGGUCGCUCAGGACCUUUGUCUGCAGACAGAAACAGAAAUGUGAAAUAUGAGAAUACGUACAAGCUGGAACCAGACGAUAGAUUUCCCAUCUACGAGGCAAAGAAAAUUGCAAGUAGCGUUCUAAAGUCUAAUUUAGACGGUAAAGAAUAUAACAAGGACGACUGCCAAAGGUUGACAAUAGCGAUGUCGGACCGAAUUAAACAACAAGUUCGGGCAUUGGGUCAGGCUAGGUUUAAAAUUGUUGUUAUCGUUUCUAUCGGACAACAACAAGACACUCAUCCAUCCAUGUCUUUUACCAGUAGAUGUAUUUGGAAUGAUAAAUUGGACAAUUUUGCUGAAGCGACUUUCGAAAAUAAACAUUUGUAUGCGGUGGCACUAGUUUAUGCUUUGUAUACCGAUUAG